AUGGGGACAGACAACGUUCACAUCGGUGUUGCAGCACCGAGAGAUGAGGAUAUAUCUAGUAUCUCACGGGAAGCCUCAACAUGGAAAGGUUAUGUCAAAAGCAAAUGGGAAAGAUACCCUGAUGAACGCCGCAUGCUUUUCAAGGCCGAUCUCUGCCUUACACUCAUGGGUUUCCUUGGAACGAUCAUCAAACACAUUGACAGAUCAAACUUGACAAAUGCAUUCGUAUCCGGCAUGAAGCAAGACCUGAAACUCUACGGCAACGAGAUGAAUUAUGCCAGCACAGCUUUCUCAGUGGCCUCGAUACUCGCCAUCUGGCCAAUAAAUAUCGCAAUGACUCGAAUGAAUCCGCGAUAUUUUAUUCCGUCUCUCGAACUCGGAUGGUCAAUCUGCACAUUCUGCCAAGCAGCAAUGCGGACGCCCACGCAGAUGUAUGUGUUGCGAGUUCUGGUUGGGAUAUUUGAAUGUGGUCACUUUUCAGCCUUCAUGUAUAUCUGCGGAGCAUGGUACAAGAAGAGAGAGUUAUCCAAGAGAGUCGCUUUGAUAAACUGCGCAGUGCACAUCGGUCCUAUGUACAGUUCUUAUUUCCAAUCGGCCGCUUAUAACGGCCUAAAGGGCGUGAAUGGAAUGGCAGGUUGGCAGUGGGCCUUCAUCAUCGAUGGCGUUUUGUCUCUGGGUAUCACUCUGCCCGGAUUCUACGCAAUUUUAGAUGUCCCUGCUCGCAUGAAGCCGGAUCACAUAUUUUCUGAAAAGGAACUUGAGCUCGCAAGGGCGCGAAUCCCCAAGGAAGGAAAUGUCAAGCAAGAGCGUUUCACGAGAAAGCAGCUUCUUCGUUGGAUCUCGACACCAGAGAUCUGGCUCCUGUGGGUAAUAUCGAUAGCCAACGGCAUCGGCGGCCAACCCACAAACUCCAUCGCAUACUGGUUCCAAGCAUGGGCCGAACGAGAGCCUGGAUCCUUCACCGUAGCGCAGAUCAAUGAUUACGUUACCCCUGUCUACGCCAUAACGCUUGUCCUAGACUUAUGCUUCGCUUACUCGAGCGAUACAUGGCUCAAAGGCCGACGCUGGCCAAUGCUCAUCCUUGCAUCGUCCAUCCAAGCAAUCGUCUGCAUUUUGCUCGCCACGACGCCCGUCUUCCCGCAUCCCAAGACUUUCCGGUGGUUUCUAUACUACCAGACUGGUUGGCUUGAGGCGUCGAGCACAUUAUUCUGGGCCUGGGCUCAAGACAUAUUGAGCGGCGACCCCGGAACCCGAGCCUUUGCUUCAGGAGGUCUGAAUCUCUGGAGUUCCGUGUUCGGAGCAACGAUUCCCCUGGCUGUGUUCAAGACAGUUGAUCAGCCUGGCGUGGUUGGGGGAAACUGGACAGCCGUUGGGUUCUGUAUUGCGGGUAUUCUUGCGACGAGUGGGACUGCGGUUCUGGAGAAGAGGAAGAAGGCGAGGAGGGGUGAGGGCGAGAGGGAGAGGGAAGAUGGCGUUUGA